CUAUCCUAUUCCAUCUGACUGUUUUCUUCUAUAAGCCUUACCAACAGCGGUAUCUAUUUCAUUGUAGAUGAGACAACGGUACUUGAGCAUACAGAUUCUUAGAUAAAAAAGUUUUGAACUAUCAAGGUAUCUCAGUGUUUGAAAACCAUGUACGAGAGUCUUCGAAGAUACCAGAUCGUGCUGUUACUAGUCGGCUUGUGGCCCAACGAUUUCACCGCGCUUUGGAAAAUAGUUCUCUACGAACUCUACACAUGGUUCUUCUUGCUGCACUUUGUCAUGGUCACAGUCAUGCGCUUCCUCCAAGCAUACUACUCACAAUUCGAUCUGGAACUCUUUACUAAAGCCUCCUUCGAAUGCGGGUUUGCUGUGUUGCUUAUGUUAGAAAUCCUCACCAUGUUCGUACUACGCUACAAAAUCCGUGACAUUGUGAUGGAAAUGCGGGAUAAAUUCCUGCGAGAUCAGAGAGUUUUAGAGAAGUGCGACUGGCAUGAAGACGUUCUGUUUAAGGCGUUGUUUGUCGUGGAACUGCCGGCAGUUUUGGCUGAAAUUGUUCACUGUCUCCUUCUACCUUCGAAGCCAGCUGAUUACAGGUUCAAUAGCUACUGGAACAAGACUCAUCCUGAGAGAAGGAUGCCGUUCCCUCUGGUCAUGCCGUGUGAUGACACGCUCUCUCCUUGUCUGGAGAUCGAAGCGGUGUUGGUUGUCAUCGAAAUUUUCCAGGGAAUCGCUCUGAUGUUUUUCUCCUACACUCUAGUGCCUAGUUUUAUCACUCAAGUCUGUGGUCAAUUCAAAAUUCUCCUAGAAAAAAUUGAAAGAAUCAGCGACGUUUUGGAUCAGAACAAUAAUGAAGAGGAUCGCGAAUCGGGAAAUGAAAUUAGUUUACUCACUUCACAAUCCCUGAAAGAUAGUGACGUCAAAGAAGUUGUCAAAAUGCAUGAUUCGCUUCUCAAUAUAUCUCACAAAGUGAUUAAGCUCAUGAGACCAUUUAUAUUUCUCAAAACAUUCUUCAGCUUUGGAAUGCUCAGUGUCGGUCUCUUCACCACAUUAACUUUGGGAAUUGGAAGCCCAUCCUUUUUCGUGGCCGGAGGAUUUCUAGUUGUGGCCACUCUCGAAUUAUUUCUUGUCUGCAUUUAUUCCGAAAAUCUAUCAACAUCGAGUUUAGCGGUGUAUAACGCAGCGUACAAUGUUAGUUGGCCUGACAUGAAGGAAUCGUCCAAGAAAAGUUUGCUUCUUCUGAUGCUGAGGUCGCAGAGACCUCUACAGUUGAAUGUCAAAAGCAAUUUUGUGCCUCUCGAUCUCAACACCUUUAUUCAGGUGAUCCAGACAUGCUAUUCGUUUUUCACUGUUUUGCGUGAAACACUUGGGAAACAGAACUAGAAUGCAAAAGUAACUUCAUUGAUGCUGUACGUUUGAUAAUGCAAAAGUACAUGUAACAUAUAUGUUGUUAGUGAUAAUAAAUCGACUAUCAAUCGAGAAUUUUUGGUUCA